CCCUGGUAUAGCAGUUUGAAAACCUGAUGUCUUAAGAAAAGUUUUAUUUUAAAAAUGGGAGGAGAAAAUUCUUGAGGAUGAAUAAUCUUUCAUUUAGUGAGCUAUGUUGCCUCUUCUGCUGUCCACCUUGCCCAGGGAAAAUUGCUUCAAAAUUAGCAUUUUUGCCACCUGAUCCAACUUACACACUGAUGUGCGAUGAAAGUGGAAGCCGCUGGACUUUACAUCUCUCAGAAAGAGCUGACUGGCAAUACUCUUCUAGAGAAAAAGAUGCUAUUGAAUGUUUCAUGACUAGAACCAGUAAAGGCAACCGAAUUGCCUGUAUGUUUGUGCGUUGCUCACCCAACGCCAAAUACACUUUACUCUUCUCACAUGGAAAUGCUGUUGAUCUUGGUCAAAUGAGCAGCUUUUACAUAGGACUGGGAUCACGGAUUAAUUGUAAUAUAUUCUCAUAUGAUUAUUCUGGAUAUGGUGCAAGUUCUGGAAAACCAACAGAGAAGAACCUAUAUGCGGAUAUUGAAGCUGCUUGGCUUGCUCUGAGGACAAGGUAUGGCAUUCGUCCUGAAAAUGUGAUUAUAUAUGGCCAAAGUAUAGGGACAGUACCAUCUGUAGAUCUUGCUGCUCGGUAUGAGAGUGCUGCUGUUAUUCUUCAUUCUCCUUUGACCUCAGGAAUGCGAGUUGCUUUUCCUGAUACCAAGAAGACCUACUGUUUUGAUGCAUUCCCAAACAUUGACAAAAUCUCUAAGAUAACCUCUCCAGUAUUAAUAAUUCAUGGGACUGAAGAUGAAGUCAUUGACUUUUCACAUGGCCUCGCAUUGUUUGAGCGUUGCCAAAGACCUGUGGAGCCUCUGUGGGUUGAAGGAGCAGGACACAAUGAUGUGGAACUUUAUGGGCAAUACCUUGAGAGGUUGAAACAGUUUGUGUCACAGGAACUGGUAAAUUUGUAAAACAUUCUGUAAAUUUGCAUACUGGGUUUUCUUUUCUUGCUGAACUGCACUCUUUGGUAAAUAACAUAAAACCUGAAGGUUUUGUUUGCAAAUCAUGUCAGUUGCCUUCAUAAAUGUACAGGUAAUGAUUUGUUAACAGACUUAAUGAAGGUUUUAAUUACCAUAACUAGAAACUGGAAAUAACAGUAUCAUGCAGUCAGGCUAUGUAAUUUAUAUUUUUCUGUGAAUUUUUUUUUAAAACAUCAAAAUGAGUACUGUAUGAAAUUUUAAUUCUAUAAAAAUCAAAUGCUGUAAAAGUAUUGCCAAAUGCUUUUGCAUAUCAGAAACAUUUAUAAAUAUUUUUAAACCUCAGUAUACUAAAUUUAUCCUGGUAUACAAAUGUAAUAUUCUUUCAAAGCUGUGUAUCUAAAGCAGUUCAAGUACUCAGAAUAACUAAAAGAGUAAAAAAAAAAUGCAAGUCAACUAAAAUUGAUCUACCCUGUUGUACAGGGAUAGAGGCUUAAAUGGUUAUUUUACUGUAAAAUACAUUCAGCUUUCUGUUUCUCUGUUCAUAAUACAUUUAUCCUGAAAAGAAAAAGAAAUGAAGUCUUAAUUUUUAUGCCAUCUGUCAAUUUACCAAUCAGUUACCUUGUAAAUGAGAAGUCAUGAUAGCACUGGAUUUUAACUAGAUUGGAUUUAUAAGUUUGUUACUCUGAGGCAACUACUUAAAAUUUUCAUUCAGUUAUUUAAAAGGCAAUUAGGGCUUUCAAGCCUGAUUUUUGUAUGCAAUGUUGUUUUAAAUUUGACUAAUCUUACAGAAUUGUAGUACUCUUCAUCAUAUAAAAAUCUGAAAGUUCAUUAGUUCUUUAUGACCACAACUAGACUGGCUAUUUGGUCCUUUUUCAUUUUGGCUAUUACUGAGAAUUUCAUGGAGUUACUCCUGCACAUAGGAGGUAAGAAAAGCAUUUCACUUGUAAGUUUUAUAUUAACCAGUAUAGUAAAAAAUAAAGCUGACACACAAACUACGUUGCCUUUUCUUGAAUGAAUUCUGCCUGAUUAAAACAAUGAAAGCAAAAGAAAUUUAAUGGUAUGUAGUUUAAUUUGUAAAUGAAUGAAUAUUAAAAUAAUAUACACUGUGGAUAUCUUUUAAGGCCUUAUGUAGCUUUAAUUGUUCUGCUUGUUCUGUGGUUAUGUCUUAAGACUAUAGUAUAUGAUUCUCCUCAAAGUAUAUCAAGUAUUGUGAAUGCUUUGGUUCAGAUGUGUCAAAUUAACAGUAAAACAACAAAUUUACCACUCAGCUGUGCUUGUUUGCCUUCUUCCGUGCUCCUCGCCCGUAUAGUAGAAAAAGUGCAUAAAUACCUU